CCCAGUGACAUGAGAAAUCGUAAUUCGUUUAAAACGUCUAUAAUCAAAUACAAAGGAACGAAACAAAGCAUUUACAAGAAAGUAGUUUGAUUAAUUGAGACAACAUGUGCACCUCGGACCUACGUAGCUGGCCGAUUUUCAGUUUACUGGAGCCAGAGUACGUCUCGCAGAUUCAUAUGGUUGUAGUAUACGGUAACUUGGGUAAUGAGGCCUUAAUCAUGACUAAGGAUAAGAUGAUGUACGCCCUGGGUAACAAUAUCGCUGGUUGUUUGGGCAUCGGAGACACGCACGGUACUUUAUAUCCUAAGAAGGUGGAAGCCUUGUGCGAAAGAGAUAUAAGAACGUUUGCAUAUGGCAGUGGACCUCACGUCUUAGCUCUCACAAAAGAAGGAGAGGUCUAUUCCUGGGGUCACAAUGGUUAUGGCGAACUGGGAAUCGGAGCAUCAAAUCAGGUUGUCACAAAACCUGUUUUAGUGACCAUGCCUAUUCUUGAAGGUAUAGGCAUGAAACGCGUUGUUGACAUUGCCUGUGGGAGUCAUCAUUCCAUUGCUCUAACUGAGGAUGGCGAGGUGUAUGCUUGGGGACAAAAUAAUUGUGGACAACUGGGCAGCAGUAUCAGCACGAAUCAGGUCACACCUAGGCAAGUAAACUCCGUCUUGGGUGGGAAGAAAGUUGUCUGCAUCUCCUGCGGUCAGACCUCUACCAUGGUAGUCAUCGAAAAUGGUGAGGUGUACGGUUUUGGCAAUAACGGUGUCGGCCAGUUGGGAAUAGGUAAUUACGCGAAUCAGACGUCACCAUGGCAAGUCGGUUCGUUAAGAGGCAUUGUGAUAGUCAAAGUGGUUUGUGGAUACGCUCAUACGCUGGCGCUUACAGACGAAGGGAAGCUUUACGUCUGGGGCGGAAACAGUUACGGCCAGUUAGGAAUCGGCAACAAGACGAAUGCCUGUAAACCAGUCAUGGUGGAGCAUGAAAUGGGAAGGGUGUCCGACAUCGCUGCUCUGCACUACAAUCACAUAAGCGUCGCCGUUGGUGAGGGAGGACGUGUCUAUAUGUGGGGUCACUGUCGCGGUCAGAGCAUCACGAUCCCAACUGCCACUCCGUUCUCGAACGUGCACGACGCGCUUGCAUGCUACGGAUCGCCAAGCGUUAUGCAUAAACCACUGAUCCUGUAUGCGAACGAAGAGCCGAACAUAUUGCAAUGUUUGGGAUCUGCAUUUGAUGAUCCCUCUACAAGCGAUCUCAAGAUACAAGUGGAGGGUCAAUGUAUCCACGUACACAAAGCUAUCCUGAAAAUUCGCUCUUCGUAUUUUAGAACCAUGUUUCAACACGAUUGGGCAGAAAAUAACCAAAGUAUCAUCGAGCAUGAUCAGUUUUCCUAUGUUGUCUAUAAAGCUUUCCUGAAAUACUUGUACACCGACGUGAUUGACUUACCCAUGGAUAAGGCGUUAGAACUUUUGGAUUUGGCCAACGCUUACUGCGAGAGUAAUCUCAAGAAGCAUUGCAUUUGGAUGAUAAAGCAAGGAAUUACCGUAUCCAAUGUCGCCUACUUGUAUAGCAUCGCAAUCGAGUACAACGAAGAGGAACUAGAAGAAGUUUGCUUCAAAUUUGCCUUAAAUCAUAUGACGGCUGUGACACAGACGGAAAAUUUCGCCAAACUGGACGAGAAUACGCUAAAAACAUUUAUAAUUAAGGCGGGCGAAGCUGGCGUAUUUAGAACAUAAUUCAUCUAUUUACA